CCACCCCCAUGUGUUUCAGGAGACAUAAUCUAUAUGUUCCCAAGUUCUCCAUCAAGACUUCCUACAAACUGAACGAUGUGCUGUCAGAAAUGGGAAUGACGGACAUGUUUGGUGGUGGGGCAAAUCUGAGAGGCAUUUCAGAGGAGGGCGGACUGGCCGUCUCAAAAGUUCUGCACAAAGCGACGCUAGACGUGGACGAGACCGGCGCCGAAGCUGCAGCCGCCACCGCCGUCCUCAUCGGACGGACGAUUGAAAUCCCGACCGAAGUCUCGGUGCUGAAGUUCAACCGUCCGUUCAUGGUCCUCAUCACUGAACGCAUCACUGAGAAGAUCCUCUUCAUGGGAAAGAUCCUCAACCCGACUGUCUGAUGGUCUCUCGGGGUCCAUCUCAUAUAUAAAGGAGUCAGACAAACCUUU